AUGGAUGUCGAUGAUUCGAAUUCGGUCAGUCAGAUGAAAAGGUACCGAAGCGAGCCCUUCCUCUUCAAGAACCCCAACCCGCCGAACCUCAGGAAACAACAUUCCUUCCAACAAGAUGAAGACUCGCAGAGUCCAUUUCCAUUGAAUCGACCUCAAUUACUGGGCAGAAGGUUCCGCACAAGUCAAACAAUCAAUAAGAUUCCAUCAAGAUUGAAUCAAAUAAAACUCGAGGAGACCAUAGAUAAGUCAGAUAUAGAAACUGCACAUGAGAGGGAAGUUCAGUCAUCACUUUGCAUAAAUCAGUCAUGGGAUGACUUCUCAUUGGAAGACAGCGAGUCGAUGUUGAUUGACAGCAUGCUUGGAGGGGGAAGUGGAGGAAAGAAGACCCCAACAUCGUCGUCGUCACAAGAGCCACUUCUGAUUAGCACGAAUUGUUUUCUGUCGAACCAUCAAAUGAGCACCCAAUCUCCAACCAGGGUUGGCAAGCAGUGCUACUCCCCCUCACUUCAGCAACCAAUCAAGGACAACUCCUUCAUCUCGACAAGUCCUCAUUGGUCCGUUUGA